AUGGCAGCGGAAAUGGAACAUUAUCAGGAAAAAGGAAAAGAUAGCAAGAAGGCGGAAAAAGCACCGUCGAGAAUUGACACGAGGCAAACGAAUAUCGGAAUAAAAUCUCAAUUCUCUCAAACGAUUCGUCAGCACAUAAAAGCAACAUUUAUUAAAAAUGUUUCAACAUUUCCUGAUUUAGAAAGAAAAGUUUCAUUAUUCAAAGCAACAGAAAUUCAAGCACUGAGCAUGGGUGGGGAAAAUGAGUUGAGAAAGCAAAUCAUGUUGAACAUAAACGAUUUAAAAAGCUUUAAAAAUGGUUGCAAUGACAAAUUGACCAUAAGUGUCAACUAUUUUUAA